AUGCAAUGUCCCAUUUUCCCAUUAAAUGUACGUCCCAAAACCGCACGCACAUUUUUUCAAUUUUCACGUUCAAAUCGAGACAAUAGCAGGUAAAGCACGUAGAUUUUCAAUUUCCAACUUGCCUCUUCAGAAUCUGUAAAAUGUCGACGACGCCGAACAAAAAGACGGACGCGGAGGCGUACAAAAAGGAGGUGGCCAAGCAGAGACGGAUGAAGAAACUCCGUCAGAUGAAGGUUUCGUUCGCGACGACGCCUCCGCCACUAUUUGAAUCCGUUUCAGAUCCGUGAUCGCGCCGGAGACGUCAAAGUGGACGAUGUUUCGGACGUGGAAGUGGUCGGAGACGUGGACGAGGAGCCGCAGGACGCGUGGCUCAACGACCUCAUCAAGAGCGACGGCGACUCCAACUCCGGCGGCGUUUCUUCCGAUCUUGCGUCGAUGGAAGUCUCCACCGAACCAGUCGAAUCCUCGUCGUUAGCCGCCAAGAUAUGCGCGUUCACCAAUGAGAAUUCGGUAAAACGAGCAGAUCAAAUCGCGAGUUGAAUCACUUGAAUCAGUUCCUCUUGAAGGCUCUUCUUGGCGUCGGAAUCGCCGCCAUCGCCCUCACCAUCUUCACGCGCCUUCACAAGUGA